AUGACCGAUGAGAAACUUUCGAAACCGAAUUCGUCGGCAUGGAAUUUUGAGCAUUUACAACACGAAGAUGAAUCAGCGAAUACAGAGGAUUUUUUUUCUGUUUUGAAAAAAAAUAUCUCGAAAAAUGUUUAUCUCGACGAACAGACUGACUCAACUGAGAAAAGUUCGAACGAUCAACGCUCCGGAACUGUUCGCGUAGAUAGUAGUGAUCUCAUCUCACGUUGUAAACAGUUUUUACCAUUGUUAACUGAUGCAAAUCGGACGUUAUUCUCCCAAAUGAAGUCUGGCGAAAAUGUUCGAAUCGAAUUAGAUUCCGAUGAAGACGAUAAUGAGAGUCGACGAAUUGAAAUGGAUCUUAUGUUUUGUCCAAACGAAGAGUCAACCUCUCAAUCGGACGACAGUUCUGAUGAUGAACCAUCCAACACAAAAUUACUUCCAAUCUCUCAGGAAAACAAAUCAGUUCGUAUUGUUGAACUCUCUUCCACAAAUACCGAUCAAGCUGGUGCUGACGAUGUGAAGAAAACAGAUGAUAUUGUGAAUAAAUAA